ACGGGCUCCAUAUGUCUUCCUUGUUCUUAACUCCAAAUUAUCAGUCUUUUCACUACCCCAUUACAAUAUAGUAAUACUAUACUAAUCAAGUGUAUAAUCAUAUAAAUUAGGUCAUUACCUACAACUUAAGCAAUCUAUACGGUCACCUCUCCCUCUCUAGCCCUUAACCCCAACUCUCUCUAAUCUUGCAAAACAGCAAAAUCAUCCUUUUAAUGCAUACUGUAAGAGUCUUUUUUUUUUUUUUUAAAUGUUUUUUUAUUUCUCCAUUGUUGGAAAGUUAUGAGUAAUUGAGCUAAAAGGGUUGUCCUUUAUAACUUUAGCUGCCAAUUUUCCAUACCCAAUUCAUUUUUUCUUCAAAUUUUCUUGGACUUUUGUGUUAAAAAUCAGUUCUUGAUUGAGUUUCUUUUAAAGAAUUCAUUUUUUUUAUUUGUUAAAAAUCAGUUCUUGAUUAAAACCCAUUUGGGGUUUGAGUUUCUUUUAAAGAAAUCAUUUUUCUUCAAAUUUUCUUGGACUUUUAUGUUAAAAGAUCAGUUGUUGAAUUAAACUUCUUUGUGUUUUGAGGUUCUUUUAUUGGUUAGAUCUCCACCUAUUUGAUUUUAAGUUCUGUUAGAACCCUCUUUAUUUGGAGAUAUACACAAGUUAAUUUUCUUGAACUAACUUUGUCUUCACUAGUCAUUAGAUCUGAGGUUUAGUAAAAGGGGUAUUCAGGGAAAUCUAUUUAUUGCUUGUGUGAAAUCUGAUUAUUUUGUUUGAAUUUAAUCUUAUAUUUGCAUACUUUUCCCCCCGUUUUCUGUACUCCACAGUCUAGUCAUACAUUGGUGUUUUCACUUUUUUUUUUUUCCAUUGUCAACAUUGCCUUUAUUGGUCAGUUUACUUGUAGUAAUUUUAGUCGGUGGAAACUUGGAAGCUUUUGAGCUUCAUUGCUUUUUCUCCAUUUCUAUUUAUAGCCCAUGUUAAUCCUUUUUCAUUUUGAUGGUAAAGUUCCAUGCUUUUCUUUCUUUCUUCUCUUUUGAGAAGAUCAAGGAGAAAAGCUUGAGUCUUGGGAACUUUUUCCUUACUCAUUUGUAAAAUUCGGGUUCUUUUUUACUAAACAUUUUGGUAGAAGGGAUUGUUGAGCAUGAGGAAACAUGCUAAUUCUUAUUCAGGAAGAGUAUUUAAUGAUAAGAAUUCGAGUUCUCAUUCCGGAAGGGUAUUUGGCGAUAGACAUUGGAAAAUACCAUUCUUUGUGAGCUUGCUUGUGUCGAUUACUCUGUUCACAGCAACUAUUUUUGGGUUAUAUUCGUCGUCAUAUGGAAGAGAUCAAGUACCGUUGGAUAUGGUUUCUUUUGCUAGGCCAGUGGAGUCGGAUGGAUUAUUUGUUGAAUCUGAUUUAAAGUCGUUAAAAUCGAAUGGCUUUGCAAAAAAUGAACCACCUAGGUUUGCUUAUCUCAUAUCAGGCACAAAGGGUGAUAGUCACAGAAUGAUGAGGACUUUGCAAGCGGUUUAUCACCCGAGGAAUCAGUACAUUCUACAUAUGGAUCUUGAGGCUCCACCUAAAGAAAGGUUGAAUUUAACAAUGUCGGUGAAGAAUGAUCCCACGUUCCGCAAAGUAGAGAAUGUUCGAGUAAUGGCACAGUCAAAUUUAGUGACUUAUAAGGGCCCUACGAUGUUUGCGUGUACCCUUCAAGCUAUAUCCAUUCUGCUGAAGGAAAGUUCAAAGUGGGACUGGUUUAUCAAUCUUAGUGCUUCAGAUUAUCCACUAAUGACCCAAGAUGAUUUGCUCCAUGUGUUCUCUAAUUUGUCCAGAAACCUGAAUUUUGUUGAAAAUAUGCUGCUUCAUGGGUGGAAACUGAACCAGAGAGCUAAACCUAUUAUUAUUGAUCCUGGUCUCUAUUUGAAUAAGAAAUCUGACCUUGCCACAACUUCUCAACGGCGAUCACUACCUACCGCUUUUACAUUGUUUACAGGCUCAGCUUGGGUGGUUCUUACACGCUCUUUUGUGGAGUACUGCAUAUGGGGAUGGGACAACUUUCCGAGAACUCUGCUUAUGUACUAUACAAAUUUUGUUUCUUCACCAGAAGGCUAUUUUCACACGGUAAUUUGCAAUACCGAAGAAUUCCGUAGCACUGCAAUAGGCCAUGAUUUGCACUAUAUUGCUUGGGACACCCCUCCCAAGCAGCAUCCUAUUUCAUUGACAGUGAAGGACUUUAACAAAAUGGUUAAUAGCAGUGCACCAUUUGCUCGAAAAUUCCGCAAGGAUGAUCCCGUUUUGGACAAGAUCGAUAAAGAGUUGCUUGGUCGUACGAAUCGUUUUGCACCAGGAGCAUGGUGUAAUGGAAGCUCAGCUGAUGGAGCUGAUCCGUGCUCUGUGAUAGGAGAUGAUUCAGUGUUUAGGCCUGGUCCUGGUGCCAACAGGUUGCAUGAGCUAAUUAACAAACUGCUAUCUGAAGAUUUUCGUAGUAAACAAUGCUCAACUAAGAGUUAAAGAUUGCUAACGUUGUUUUCACAAGAAAAUGACAAGUGAUUGUGCCAGUGCUGGCUGCAAAUGAUUAGGGACCUUGUGAGAUGUAGUUUUGUCUGAUAGGUGUGAGACUUCAGAUGACCCCAAGUGUACAUGGUUGUAUGAAUAGAUCACAGUUUCAAAUGUAAAAAUUUGCUCUUUCCUUUUCUCAGUUGGCAAUGAUCUUUCUAGUUGGUACUAACCCCUACUAUCACUUGCACAUCUUUUAACAAUAUGAAAACUUUUGGAAUGUAAUUCUGGGCAUGCAAAAGGAAUUGCAAUUAUUUUGUUGAUUUGAA